UUAAAUGCAAUGACAUUGACAGAUACGAAAUGAUCUUUGAUGAACUGUAGCGUGAUUUUAACUCGAUUUAGUUUAAAUUUAUUGAUAUGAUUGUUUUAUAGCAGUAUAUUCGUAAACAAUCCAUAUAAUGGAAGAAGACGACCCCGUGGUGCAAGAGAUACCGGUGUUCUUAUCACAAGCGUUGGCAGAAAAUUUCUACAUCUUUCAAUAUCCCGUGAGGCCCGCAAAUCGGGAUGUGAAGGAUAUAUUAGUGAAGAAUGCAUCUAUAAAGCCUAAAAAUAAAAUAGUGCGGCUUGAAGUAGGUCUUGACACUUAUAGUGAUAAAUAUUGCCCUUCUAAAGGUGAACAAAUCGCUCUGAAUACAGAUGGCCAACAGGAAUCAAGGUAUAUAAAAGAUAAGGAACGAGAGAAAUCUCAAUAUUUCAAAAAUGGCAUCAUGGACAAGAUAGUUCUGGAGAGCAGUGUGCCAUGUUUUAAAACAGAUCAGUAUGCAGUAGCAUUGUUACAGGACAAAGAACUUCAUUGUACACCUGUGAAAGGUAUUGUUCAACUUAGGCCAUCUUGUUCAUUCUAUGAUAAGCAAGAUAAACAAAAACAUGACAAAAAUAAGGCAGACAAUUCUGAGGAUGAGGAGAAAGAACCAGAUAUUCAACAGGUGACAGUAAAAUUUGCCCGACAAGAAACGGAGAUUUCAAAGAAGGCGCGUGAAAAGUCUUAUGAGACAAUAUCGCAACGUAUCUUAAAUGAGCCAUGGUAUGACGGACUGUGGAAACCUUCUAAUAGUGAUCAAGCUGAAUUGGAGCGUCUGAAGUUGUUCAGCGCGGUGAGUGCGGAGGGCAGCGCGCUGCGGCUGCCGCACGGCGAGUACGUGCGCGCGCUGGUGCCCGCCGCGCCGCCCGACGAGGCCGGUGCGCAGCGCGCGCAGCGCCGCUCCCUGCACGAACAGAUCAAGCACAUACUCAUCACCGCCAAACUGAUGACAUUUGCGGAGCUGCGCGGGCGGCUCCGCAACGAGGACGGCAGUGCGGUGUGCGAGGCGAGCGAGGCGGGCGUGCUGAGCGCGCUGUGCGGCGCGGCGUGCUGCGUGCGCGGCCUGUGGGCGCCGCGCUCCGCCGACCUGUACACGCGGCCCGCGCCCGCGCCGCCGCACCUCAUGUGUGCGGCCAGAGAUCAUGUGUUAUAUCUGUUUACACAACACACUUAUGUGGACAGACGUAAAGUGACAGCGGCGGUGCGUCUGCCCGCAAACGACGUGCUGGAUAUAUUGCGUUCCGUGGCUAAGUUCACACCGCACAUGGGGUGGGAGUUACUCUUACCUCCGGACACAGCCUUCGAAGUGAAAUACAGUGAUAUAGUGCUACGUCAAAAUACAUACUGGGAAGCGAGACAGCGACAAUUUAAUGAGACAUUGUUAGGAGAGAAUUUAAGCAAACGUCAAAGGAAGAAAUCUCAAAGGGAUUCGAUAUGUGAUGUGAAUAGUCCAAAGCCGAGGUGCAAUAGUGUCAGUGAAGACGAUAGUGAACGUAAACGUAAGAAAUCGGCCAUUGGUAAACGGACGCGUAACGUUAGCUCCAGUAGUGCGCAAGAUACAUGAAUGUUUUAAUAGUUAGGUUAUCAAAUUGCAGUGUUUAUGUUUUUUUUUAUAAUUAGUGUUAUGUAUGCUUUGGUUGAGAUACUUAUAUGAAAAUCUUUGUUCAAUUUUUUAAGCCCCUAUCAAGGUAAGAUUAUUGAAAACAUUCCUUUUGUUAUGCAUGAAAUACAAAAUAAGAUAUUGUUUUAACAUCUUUGCGUAAUAAAAAUCCAUGAAUUAUGAAGAACUAUUGUAACAAUUGUACAAUACAAAACAACUUUUCUUGUUAGAGCGGGCACACCUUUGACUAAACUAUCGCACAAUAUUUGUGCGAUUGUCGAUUGUUUCGCAGCCAAUUCAACUGUUUAGUUGCACAACUAAAAAUCGAGUAGCCCCUCUAUCUAAGCUCAUAUGAAUCAAUGCGAGACCAAACAGUUGUGCGAUAAUUUUGUCAAAUGUUUGCGCACACUUCUACACUAAACUAUUUAAAUUGUUUUAAUAGAUAAAAAAAUUGUAGAUAUGUUAUGAAACAAAUAAUUAAUUCCAUCCACCUAAAUUCACAGUAAAAUUGUAUGAAAGGAUUUUAGCUUCACUUUUUUCUGAAUAUUCUUGACUAAGUAAAAAUUACAGAUGCUCAGAUUCUGACAGUAACUGAACCAUCUAACUAUUCAGUUAAAAAUGUGCAUGUAGGCAAAAUUUUAACUGUCAGUUGAACUGUGCAGUUAAAGUUUUGCUUAGUCAGAUCUGUGAAUCUGUAGCGGGUUUUGGUGUUUAGAUAUCUCAUUUUCGAUGAAUUGCGAAAAUACAAUUUUCGAUAAACAAUGGGGCUUAUUUGUUCGAAUAAUUUAUCACUAUUUAAAACAUGCAUAAUAUGUACUGCAAUGAUUUAAUUUUCCUUCUGUUAAAAUGUUUGUCUUUGUGUAAAUUUAUUCAGACAUAAUCUACUUAUGUACUAUAUUUAGUUAUUUGCAUCUAAGUAGUAAAUUGUUGCUUGUAAUUGUCAAUAAUAAAUUGAAUAUCAAUAUUACAAUUUCAUUACAUUGUUGAAAAUUACCAUUCUUUCAUUGUUUGUUAUUAAAUUUAUUAAUUGUUAUAAACAAAAGCAGUUUUUAAAUAUCGAGAAAGAAAUUACUUAACAGUUUUUUGUUUGAAGAUCUUUGUCUACUUCAGAUAACCGUGGGUUUUCACUGCUAAAUCACGUACGUAAAAUAUUUUUAUCUCUGGAUAGACUUAGCUACCAAAGUAUAACUUUUAUACAGAAGUUUCUGCAGUAAAAACUCAUUGUUAUAACCAAAAUAUUUUUUCAAAGAUAUUUUGUUUUAUUAUUGGCGCUAAAACUUGUAAGCAAAGCGAAUAUUUAUAUAAGUUGUUAUUUUUUUAAUCGAAUAAAAGUUAUUGAAUAUUA